UUUCUACCCCGUGACUAUGAUGUCAACAUAAGAAAACGGAAGACAGGUUGGCAUUGUCGGGGUUGUUGGACGCAAGCCUUUUUAAUCUCGGGGGGGAAUUUCCCACUGGUGUGACGUCGGCUGAUUUAAAUCGCACUGAACAUUGGGACAGCUCCGUAUGUUGAAAUACUGUUGCAUUUGAAGUCAUCAUGCAAAGCACAGCAAAUUAUCUGUGGCUAAUAUCAGACCUUCUGGGUCAGGGGGCCACUGCAAAUGUUUACCGCGGCAGGCACAAGAAAACGGGCGACCUCUAUGCCGUCAAGGUCUUCAACAACUUGAGUUUCUUGAGACCCUUGGAUGUGCAGAUGAGGGAGUUUGAGGUGCUGAAGAAGCUGAACCACAAGAACAUCGUCAAGCUCUUCGCUGUGGAGGAGGAGUCCAACACCCGACACAAGGUGCUGGUGAUGGAGUACUGUCCCUGUGGUAGCCUGUACACUGUGCUCGAAGAGUCCUCUAACGCCUAUGGCCUACCAGAGGAUGAGUUCCUCAUCGUGCUGCAGGAUGUUGUGGCUGGAAUGAACCACCUGCGGGAGUACGGCAUCGUCCACCGAGACAUCAAGCCGGGGAACAUCAUGCGUGUGAUCGGGGAGGACGGCCGCUCCGUCUACAAGCUGACAGACUUUGGGGCGGCCCGGGAACUCGAGGACGAUGAGCAGUUUGUGUCACUGUACGGCACGGAGGAAUAUUUGCACCCAGACAUGUACGAGCGUGCCGUGCUGCGGAAGGACCACCAGAAGAAGUACGGUGCCACGGUUGACCUGUGGAGCAUCGGCGUCACCUUCUACCACGCCGCCACGGGCAGCCUGCCCUUCAGGCCCUUCGAGGGACCGCGCCGGAACAAGGAAGUCAUGUAUAAGAUCAUCACAGAGAAGCCGUCAGGGACCAUCUCUGGGCAGCAGAAGUUUGAAAACGGCAAGAUUGAGUGGAGUUCAGAGAUGCCCGCGUCCUGUAGCCUCUCCAAGGGACUGCAGAGCCUUCUGACCCCGGUGCUGGCCAACAUCCUGGAGGCCGACCAGGAGAAGUGCUGGGGCUUCGACCAGUUCUUCGCCGAGACCAGCGACAUCCUGCACCGCAUGGUGGUCUACGUCUUCAGCCUGCAGCAAGCCCAGCUGCACCAUAUUUACAUCCACAAAUACAACACAGCCACCCUGUUCCAGGAUGCUCUCUUCAGAUGGACUGGCAUCCACACCCCCGCCUUGCAAGAGUUCCUGUACGAGGGCCGCCGGCUCAACCUGGACCCCAACCGCCAGGCCCAGACCUUCCCCCCCACGUCACGCGACAACCCCAUCAUGCUGGUCAGCCGCGAGCUGGUCAACACCGUCGGCCUCAUCUUUGAAGACCCCAGCCCACCCAAAGUCCAGCCCCGCUAUGACCUGGAUCUGGAUGCCAGCUACGCCAAGACGUUUGCAGGCGAUGUUGGCCAUUUAUGGAAAACGUCAGAGUCGCUCCUGGUUUAUCAGGAACUGGUCAGAAAGGGGGUCAGAGGCUUGAUAGAAUUGAUGAAGGAGGACUUUAAUGAAACCGCCCACAAGAAAGCAGAGGUGUUUCACAUGUGCAACUUCUGCAACCAGAUUCUGGAGAAGACCGAACAGCUCUAUGAAAUACUGAUGCAGGCCAACUUGGUGUCUUCAGAAUAUGAUGAAAUCUCUGACAUGCACAAAAAAGUCCUGAGACUCUCAAGUUCGCUGAGUAAUAUGGAUCAGUCGAUGCAGGACAUCAAGAAUAAGUUCCUCCCUGGAGGCAUGCUAACAGACGCUUGGACUCAGCAAGUGGGGACACACCCCCACGACCGCAACGUGGAGAAGAUCAAGGUCCUCCUGGACGCCAUCACUGCCAUCUACCACCAGUUCAAGAAGGACAAGGCAGAGCGACGUCUCCCUUACAACGAAGAACAGAUCCAUAAAUUUGACAAACAGAAGCUGGUGCUCCACGCAACGAAAGGUCGAGCCUUAUUUACAGAGGAGUGCGCCAUGAAGUACCGGCUCUUCAUCUCCAAGAGUGAAGAAUGGAUGAGGAAGGUGUACCACGUGAGGAAGCAGCUCAGCUCCCUCAACGGCCAGUUCAUCAACAUGGAACAGGAAGGGACCAUGCUCAUGCAACACGUCUACAAGCUCCAGGAACAGUUACCACAGAAGAUCAUGCCCUUAACCUCGGGCGGGAUCAAGCCACAGGCAUAUCUCAGUCAGAGCACGCUGGUAGAGAUGACCCUCGGAAUGAAGAAGCUGAAGGAGGAGAUGGAGGGCGUGGUCAAGGAGCUGGCAGAGAACAAUCACUUCCUCGAGCGAUUUGGAACGUUGACGCUGGAUGGCGGACUGAGAAACGUCGAUAGGAUCUAACGGCCUCCUCCUGAACCUCCACCCUUGACCCCCCCCCCCCCACCACACUUCAGAAUACUCCCUCCAGGGUGCAGUGAAUGUGCGAGCCAAGCAAACAAGCAGGCCCCCAGAGGAGAGACCACCGUGUACAUAAUAAUGCAUAGUGUUGUAAAUAAUGGCGUUCAAGUUGCUUUUAUGUUUUAUUUUAUUUCGUUUCUAUCGGCUGACCCUCUCGUCUCACAAAAAAAAAAAAGAAAAGAAAAAGGCUCCAGGACGCGGAUGACCUUUGACCUGUCCAGGCUGCUCAUCUACACCUCUCUUGCCGUGUGUUCCAUGUCAUUUUUCUCCUCUUUUUGUAUAUCUGUGCACACUCAUCUCAUAUAGAGCUGCCUUUACUUGUAGUGCCUAUAGUGCGCUAACUCCUCUCUUUUUUUAUAUCUGUCUCCUUUCCGUUUUUGUGGUUCGUCUUUCUAUUUUAUGAUCAGGAAAUCAUUUUGUCUCUUUCUGGACAACCCUUACUAUUUAAAUAGUGUCUUCAUCUGAGAAGUCUUAUUUACUGGAAGCUGUAUAAUAAUGGUUACGUAAUAUAUGAAAUAUAUACAUUUCCCCUCUGUAUUCAUCCUAUGGAUUGAGGUUGUAGUUGGAGCACCUGUGGAAGAGUCACAAACUACUGGGAGAGAUAACAGGAUGGGCAUUAAACUGAAUCAACCUUG